CUGACCAAAACGAAUCAAGCUUCACAAACCCGACAUUAGAAUCAUCGCUCCCCAAGUGAUCCCAAUUCCAUCUCUGGAACGGAGAUGAUCCUGGUUUGUUCGUCAAGUAGUCUUCAUUCAGCUUAUGGGUUUUUUUUAAUUUUUUGGUUUUUGUGGGGUCUUCCAUUACCAACCUCUAUCAAAGGAGAAUGACCUGCUGCCCACUAUGGAAAAGUCUUGACGGUGAAGUCAUCAUCCAGAAACAAGCUUCGUUUUCUUUAGCUGACGUGCCGGCACGCCACUAUGAAACGUUGUUUGACUCCCCAAAUCCCCGUUUUACACUUGGAAGGAGACCCUGAUGUUUAAUGACAAAGAAGAAUCUAGCUUCAGACAAAACUAAGCAUCCAUUGCUGCGAGCAAGAAGCUCUUCCCCAGAUUAGUAAAUGACUUCCACACCAGCAUCAGUUUUUUUUCUGAUCCUCCUGGUUUUUUGCUUGAAUCCCCUAGCCAUGGCUGAAGAUGAAAACCAGUUUGUGUACAAUGGCUUCGAUGGAGCCAAUCUUCACCUUGAUGGAGCGAAAAUGACCUGCUGCCCACUAUGGAAAAGUCUUGACGGUGAAGUCAUCAUCCAGAAAAGCUUCGUUUACUUUAGCUGACGUGCUGGCACGCCACUAUGAAACGUUGUUUGACUCCCCAAAUCCCCGUUUUACACUUGGAAGGAGACCCUGAUGUUUAAUGACAAAGAAGAAUCUAGCUUCAGACAAAACUAAGCAUCCAUUGCUGCAAGCAAGAAGCUCUUCCCCAGAUUAGUAAAUGACUUCCACACCAGCAUCAGUUUUUUUUCUGAUCCUCCUGGUUUUUUGCUUGAAUCCCCUAGCCAUGGCUGAAGAUGAAAACCAGUUCGUGUACAAUGGCUUCGAUGGAGCCAAUCUUCACCUUGAUGGAGCGAAAAUCCAUUCCAAUGGUCUUUUGCAGCUAACCAACACUUCAAAGCAACAAAUCGGUCGUGCUUUCUACCAGCUUCCAAUAAGAUUUGACACAUCUUCGUCCAGGUUAGGCCAAGAUCUUUCAUUUUCCACCCAUUUUGUGUUUGCGAUUGUUCCUGAGAUAACAAAUCUCAGUUGUUGUGGAAUGGCCUUUGCGAUCUCCCCAUCUACGGACUUCACCGGAGCCCUAGGAAACCAGUAUUUUGGGCUCCUCAACACUUCUAGCAAUGGGCUCCCUUCCAACCAUCUAUUGGCAAUUGAGCUUGAUACCCUUACAAAUCCUGAAUUCAAUGAUACAAACGAUAACCAUGUUGGAAUUGAUAUUAACAGCUUAGUAUCAAAUGUAUCUGCUACCGUCAUGUAUUACUCCAAUAGGGAACGAAUAAAUCGGAGCUUGCAGCUUGUAAGUGGGAGUCCAAUGCACGUUUGGAUAGAUUAUGAUGGGUUUGAGAAUGUACUCAAUGUUACACUAGCUCCUAUUAGAAGCCCAAAACCAGAUCAGUCUCUUCUGUCAACACACAUCAAUCUUUCUUCAAUUCUGUUGGAUUCCAUGUAUGUUGGUUUCUCCGCUGCUACGGGAUUAGUUACAGGGAACCACUAUAUUCUUGGUUGGAGUUUCAAUAAAAGUGGGAAAGCACAGGGCCUUGAAAUUUCAAAGCUUCCUUCACUUCCUCGUCAAAGAAAAACUGGUCUAGGAAUUUCAGGUCUAGGAAUUACAGUGUCAGUGACAAUAGUAGUCAUUGGGCUGACUAUCACAAUUGCAGGGACAUUUUACGUGUUGAGGAGGAAAAAGUAUCAAGAAGUACGUGAAGAUUGGGAGAGGGAAUAUGGCCCUCAUAGGUUUUCCUAUAAGGAUCUCUUCAAAGCUACUAGAGGUUUCAUAGACGAAGAGCUUCUUGGAGCAGGAGGUUUUGGAAAGGUUUAUAGAGGAGUACUUAAAUCUUCAAAGGAACAAGUUGCAAUCAAGAAAGUCUCCCAUGAUUCAAAACAAGGGCUGAGGGAGUUCGUGGCUGAAAUUGUUAGCAUGGGAAGGCUAAGGCACAGGAACUUGGUGCAGCUCCUUGGCUAUAGCAGGCGGAAGGGAGAGCUGCUCUUGGUCUAUGAUUAUAUGCCAAACGGAAGCCUUGACAAGCUCUUAUUUAGCAAUGAAAAGCCCGUCCUCAACUGGGAACAACGUUAUCGUAUCAUCAGAGGAGUAGCAUCCGCCCUUCUGUAUCUGCACGAAGAAUGGGACCAAGUUGUUCUUCACAGAGACGUGAAGGCUAGUAAUGUUCUAUUGGACGCUGAUCUAAACGGAAGGCUAGGGGAUUUCGGUCUUGCUAAAUUAUACGAUCAUGGAGAAAACCCAGAAACAACCCAUGUGGUGGGGACAGUUGGGUACCUUGCACCAGAGCUUACUAGAACCGGAAAGGCAACGACUAGCACUGAUGUGUUUGCCUUCGGUGCAUUUAUACUCGAAGUAGCUUGUGGAAGGAGGCCCAUACAGCUACUACAGUCACCUGAAAAGGUGGUUUUGGUUGAUUGGGUUUUCGAAAAGUGGAAGGAGGGAGCGAUUCUCGUGACAAGUGAUCCUAGAUUGGGAGGAGAUUAUUUGGAGGAGGAAAUGGAGUUGGUUUUGAAAUUAGGCCUGCUUUGCUCAAAGUUUAAUGCAAUGACAAGACCUAGCAUGCGGCAAGUGAUGCAAUACCUCAAUGGAGAUGCCCUAUUGCCGGAGCUAAUUCAUGAUAGCACAGGUAUUGGUACAAUAGGUCUAGGUAAUGAAGCAUCUUCUGAAUUUGUGAUGUCAUUUCCAACAUCCACUGUGAAGUCUUCUACUGACUCCCUAUCUGCCACAGAGUCAAUUCUCAAUAGCGGUAGGUAAAUUUGAAAGUUUCCAGUCCCUUGGAUAAUGCUGGAUCAUGUUUUUUCUUUGAGGAAAGGCAAGAAGUGUUAGUAUGUUAGUCUGAGUUCUUAUGGUGGGGCUUGGGAGUCUUUUUAGGUUUUGAGUCUUGGUGGUAGGUUGGGGCUUGGGUUGUUGUGAGGGCUUUUUGCUUAAUGGGUCUGUUGUUUUUUUGGCUUUUCUGAUUUGUUUUUUCCUUUUUUUUUCUUUUUCCUGGGGAUGUUAUGUUGGUGUUGUAGAAGAUGGGUUGUGAACCGUAUGUUCUAUAAUCUGUGGGCAGCCCAUGUCCAUUUGGUCAUCUGCAUCACCUCUAGUCACUUCAUGACUUCAGCUGUUAAGCUGGAUGAUGGUGCAACGCUUUGGUGGUUCCUUUACUUAUGGGACCUCAUUUGCAGGGAUGUGCUAAUGCUUCAGGUAUACAGCUGGGGUUGCUGCUGCUGUUGGUAUUUAUUUCUGGUAAAAUUUGGCUGCAGUCAUUGAUACCUUGUGUCCAUAUGCUGCUACUAUUACGACCUUUGGUCAUGCUGCAACUGACAUAGAGGCAUUCCUUUUGGAGGAUCUGAGCGCUAAGUCAGUGGAGCAAUAUCCUAUAUACCAAAUGCUAUUUUAAUCUUUUGGAGUUUUGGCUCAAUGAAGAUAUCAAUUCUGCAAUUGGGACAACGACCUUGGUCUACUAUUUGGACAAGGAUUUGGGCAUGUUUCUGUUUGCAAAAUGGAAAAUGGCAGUUGUGUUACACUUUGUCUUUUUUUUUUUCUCAGCUUGUCAGGUUGAAUGCUCGCCAACCUUGUAGCUCUUUUGGAGCGGGUAUGGCAUAUGAUUGUUGUGUGGGUAGGGUGCCAACAUAGUUCGGAUGUUAGCAUUGUGAUGUCGUUUCGAUCCCGUUUCCUUAUCCUUUGUAAUGUUUCUUUUGGUCAUAAUAAAAUAUUUUUCUUCGUAGUUCUAAAAAGAAAA